AACAGACCAAUCAUACUGUAUUUCGCAGAAUAAAAAGCCGAAGCAAUAAACGAUUCAGUACACAAGCUUGUUUCAUUGUGGUGGAAGCUGCUGCUAAAUUUUAUUUGGAAAGAUUAAAAACAGAAAGUAAAUCCAGCAUCUGUUUUAAACUUUUAACGUAAAAUGUCGAUAACACUUUAUCAUUACACUGAUACUGACGGAAGACAGGGUAUUCAAUCAAGUGGUCGUAUCAAAAUGUCUGACAGAAGUAAUGAUAUGAGAUAUGGCAAAGGAGUGUAUUUUACAAGCAUCCCACCGUCUGUCCCGAAGCAAUUAAUCGCUGCGAACAACUAUGACGGUAGAAGUAAUGCUGCUGCAAACAGAAUGAUGAACGCAGGGAGAGUUGACAACUAUGUUGCAGUGCAGUUUAAUGCCAAUGACCCCAACUUAAAACAGGCGCCUUCAGACCGUAACGUCUUCCUUUACAAGAAAGAUAUAAAUUUGCACCAAUUCCAUCACAAUUUUGGUGAAGCGUAGAAAUUAAGGCUGAUUGUUUUUGUGAAAAUACAGACAUUUUCCUCAA